AUGACUGUAAACGGCCUUGAAAUGAGCGAGAACGAGCCAAAAAACCAAGUGGACCAGGCUGCUGCCGGUCCGGGUACUGUGCUGAAUCGGAAUUUAAAACCAAGUAUUUUUAUUGUUGACCAAGUCGGAGUUGCUAAACUGUUGGAUUUCUCGUUAUCCAUAUCGAUUCCUCUGGGAGAAUCUCAAGUGGAAGAUAUGGUGGUUGGGACGUAUGGGUUCGCAGAGCCUGAGUACAUUGCCACGGGCAUUCUUACUGCGAAGACUGAUGUUUAUCGUUUCGGUGCAAUUCUUCUUGAAAUUUUGACAGGACAGAUGUUUGUGGACGUUAACCAUGGAAAAAAUCAUGGUCUUUUAGGUAAUUUUGUGAAAGACUAUGUAAACAAAUUUAAGUUAAACAAAGUUGUGGAUCCUAGAAUUGUGGCGGAGGGAGGAGGGAUUGAGCAAGAGAAGCAAUUUUGA